AUGUCAGACCCACCGAGCACCCUCCAACCUGUCAACACCCCUGUCUAUCUUCCAGAUGAGAUUCUCAUACUUAUCGCCAGAGUCGUCGAUGCUGAAGAUCUCUCGACUCUACGCGCAGUCAGCAAGCUUUUCCACCACGAAACCGAAACUCGUUUUGCCGACACCUACUUCACCAAUGUCUACUAUCCCGCAACACCACAAGGCCUCGCUCGUCUGAUUGGCAUAACCAAGCAUCCCUUAUUCUCGCAAAAGUCCGCAGCGUCAUCGGCUUCAGCAAUGCUCAGCCACCUCAAAGAGGAUGGUCGCCAAUUAUCAGGGGUACACCUCGACUCUGGAAAGCAUACAAUGAGAUUGCUGUCACUAUGCAGGCACGCAACUUUGGCAUCCUGUUGA